UCAAAAGUAGUAACUACAUUCAUAUUUUUACGUUUUUUUAGCAUCGAAAAUAAUAGCAUAACAAAAUAGGAACUAAGUCUUAUUCGAGAUUAAGGAAAGCAGAAUACAAUCCCUACCAAAGUCUUUUUUUUUGCUACAUACUUCUAAUAUACCAAUUGCUAUUUUAAUAUCUGGAUUGAACAACAUAAAACCCUGAUGCUUCUGUGAUACCUGAUUUCUUUCCAGAACAAUGUCAUCUUUGCAAAAUAAAACCAAAGCCCAACCAACCCAAAUGGCGAAAAAUGUGAUAGUACAGAAAACCGAAAUGAUAUCCAUAAGGAGCCUGCUGGUGUUCCUGAACAACACACUCGAUUGCGAAUUGCGGGGCAUGGACGACCUAAAAACCGGGGCAGUAUACUGCCAAGUCAUGCACAGGCUCUUUCCCACGUCUAUUUUAAUCCACAAAGUCAAGUUUUAUACGCACACCAAAGUCGACUUUGAUGCAAACUUCCGGCUGUUGCACAAUUGCUUCGAGAAGCUGAAAGUAACGCGGUAUCUUCCCGUGGAAGAGUUGAUUGUGGGGCACAACCACGUGGACUUUUGCAACUGGAUAUACAAAUUCUAUAAAGUCAACGACAACGGGCAGGAAUACGAUGCCAAAAAGGUGAGGAAAGACUCGCCAAUCGGGCUCAGCAAAAGUCUCGAAAUCGCCUGUUUUGCAACUGGGAACUUGAAUGCCAUGCACAAGUGUCAGUCGAUGAUCUUUAAUUACACGAAAAACCCGUACAAGUACGAAAGGAGAAGUAGCCUGGAUAGCCGCAGCAUUGAUCGUCUCAAACUCAAAAAGCCUGAGUCACAAAAGCAAUCUAUAAAGCCCCCUCCGCAGACAAAGGGAGCUCGAAAAGCCUCGGAAUUUCACGCAGAAAGCAAGAACGUUUCUCUGCCCUCGGAUAGCGAAGGCGAGCUGACAACGGGCACUCAGCAACCUUACCCGCAAAAUCAGUAUGCGGAAAAACACAAUUCUAAGAGGGCUUUGACUGGGGUAUCAUUCACAAUCGAAUCGCCGAACAACUCGAAGAAUGGCCCAGAUCCCAAGGAGUUUAAGUCUUGGAAAGCUCUGAUCGAUAAGUGCGACCAAAGCAAAAACGAGCUGCAAUCCAAGGCUGCGACCAUCAGGGAUUUACAGUGCAAGAUUCGUCACUUGGACAUAGAGCAGGAGCAGCUCGCUGAUAAGUUAGGGAAUGUGGAGCACAUAUUAUUCAAAUACGGUGAUAAUCCUAAGUAUGCUGUUCAGCAACUAAAAGACAUUCUCUUAAAUAACCCGCAAGUGGUAGCGAUACGACCGCGUAGACGCCAUGAAUGCGGGGAUUCCACAGAGAGCAACCACCAUUGUGGUUCUACUACUUCCAAGGUUCAGUUAACCCAGAAAAUAGAUUGUUCAAAACACUUAAAAAUGCCAGAAAUGGAAUACUCGCACUUAAUGCCUCCGUGUCAAAGCAAAGAAUGCCUAUCUAAAGAGUCUAAGGACAGAGAUACCAAAUCCCGAGAUUGGGUAAUUCCUAAAGACGAAGGUUCAGACUACAAGUACACGCACCGUUCUAGGAGCUCUAUGAAACUCCAUUGCCACAGGCAUUGUCCAUCCAUGGACUCGAAGGAUUCGCGCAGCCUUAGGCACCAUUCCAAGGGGUAUAAAAAACAUUCGUUGGACUCAAUGGACGAAGAUGAGGAUCACAAGCACAGGCACCAUUCCACGAACUGUAGAAUUCCAGACUGCAGGUGCCAUUUCCGGGAUUGUAUGGACAUUGGCGCAGAUCACCAGUAUAGGCGCCUUUCAAGGGAAUCGGAUCCAGAAAGAAAGCAUAGGCACCAUAGGCGAUACUCCGGGGACAGAGAUUCAGACCAUAGGCAUUCAAAACAUUCAAAACAUACCAAACACAGCAAAUCGAAGUGUCUUUGCUUCUCAAAAUCCAUGAAAGAGUUGGACUUCAAACCCAAUUACGACUCGGAUUCCACUUUUUCUACGAAGGAAGAAUCAAAUAAUUCCAAGGAUCUCGAUCAAAAUGAUACAUCGAUAGAAAAACAAUAAGACCCAUUUAAAUUAAUUCUAUAAAGAUUUUAAAUUGAUACUUAGAGUUGAACUUGUUAAGCGGUUCGGAAAACGUAAAAAAAGUGAUAUCGUUUUUCUAUAUUUAAAAAACAGUAGCUCCAAAUUUCUGUUUCGAAUUACCCAAUUAAAUUUAUUAAUGUCAAAACUACGUA